UUUCAACUAAAACACGGAAGAUUUCUAAAUUAAACAGCGAUCUUAUUUGAUUGCUUAUUUAUUAUAUUUACAAGAAGUUACCAUUAAAAAAACAAUUUAAAAAGAUAGAAUCUACCAUUAUUAAAUUUACUAUAACAUUAAAUAAAGCAUAAAAGGCCUGUACAAUAUCGAGAUUAUGAGCGGCCUUACAGCUUUUUUGCAAACUGAGCUUUUAACACUCUCGAGUGAAGCGAGAAGAAAACAUCCAGAAAUUAAAGAGGCUGCAGAGCGUUUAAGUGUUAUAUUAAGAAGUUUCAAAGAAAGACCUGGAUAUAGUAUAGCUAAUGAAUUGGCUAAGACAGAAGAUGCUUUACGCCCUUUUGCGCUUGCCUGCGAAACAAAACAGAUCAAAUUAAUAACAAUUGCCAUCGGAUGUAUACAAAAACUAAUUUCUUUUCAUGCCAUUCCAGAGACAUCUAUUCGAACAGUAUUACGCACUUUGACGGAUAUUAGUGUUCAUGGUGUUGAAAUUCAGCUAAAAAUAUUACAAACCGUUUUACCUUUAUUGAAUAAUUAUAGAAGUGUACAUGAUGAUAUUUUGGCGGAGGCUUUAUUAAUAUGUUUUCGCUUACAAGAUUCUAAAACCGUUGUAGUAAAUAAUACAGCAGCUGCAACUUUACGACAGCUUGUUAUAUUUGUAUUUGAUAAAGUUGUUAAAGAGGAUGAACAAAACUUAGAGCAGUCGAAUGCAAAUCAAGAAAUAGAAAUCAGUAGUGGAGAAAAAAUUAAAUUAUAUCCUUGUGCAAAAGACGCUUAUUAUUUAUUUCAAGAUUUAUGUUUGCUUACAAAUGGUGAUCAACCACAGUAUCUUCGUUUAAAUAGUCUUUCCAAAACACUUGGCCUCGAGUUAAUUGAAGGUGUCUUAACCAACCAUUAUAAGUUGUUUCAAGAGCACAAAGAAUUAAGAGCAAUUUUAAAGGAACUUGUUUGUCCAAUGUUUAUUAAAAACUUUUCGGAAAAAAAUGAAUUUUCACAAACUAUGCGUCUUGCAAGAGUUGUAUCCAUCCUUAUCAAACAAUUUAAUGGAAUUCUCGUGAUGGAAUGUGAAAUAUUUUUAUCAAUUUUUAUCAAAAUAUUAGAACCAGAGAACCCACUUUGGCUUCGAGUAUUGGCAAUGGAAAUAUUCAAAGGAAUCUGUAGUGAUAUACAUUUGAUAUGCUCUAUAUAUAAAUGGUAUGAUAGUCAAAACAGUUCAACAAAAGUUUUUCGUGAUAUGAUUACUAGUUUUGGUCGUUUGGCAACUGAAAGGCCUCAAACUAUUGGCGCAAAUCAAAGUAGUAGAGAUAGCAUAGAUCAUGGAUCUAGUGCUUCAAAUGUUUAUAAUUCAUAUUCCAAUCAAAAUAUAUCAUCUAAUUCUGAUAGUUUAAGUAUAGUUACGUCUACUAUGCGUAUUCAAUGGUUAACUUAUAUAUUUUAUCUUGCCUUAAUUUGUCUUAACUCUAUUGCUGACGGCUUAGCAGGAUAUGUGUUACCAAAAUUCUCGUCUCACUCAAUAAAUUCAACACUAGAAGAUGAAUUAAAAAAUAAUGAAGAUAAUGAAAAGGAUUUAGCAUUAGUUACUGAAAUGGCAAAUGCUGCUUGGCCUGGUUUAUUAGCUGCAAUGUCAUUCUACUUGACUGCUAAUCUUGAAGAAGAGCUUUUUCAAUGUACUAUGAAAUCUUAUCAAAAUUUUACCAAUGUUUGUGGUGUAUUAAAUCUUGUUACACCCCGUGAUGCAUUCUUGACUAACUUGUGUAAAAGUUCAAUUCCUAUCAUACCUCUUCUAUCAACAGGCAUUGUUUCUACUACGUCUACAGUACCAAACAAAGUAAAUAGUAAUCCAAGUUCAACAAGUAUUAUCUCAUUAUCAUCAGCAAACACUACUCUAAACGCAGCUGCUAUAUCAUUUUUGGAUUUACCUAUUCAGCAGCAACAAGCAUUGGCGAAUAUUACGUUAAAUGAAAAAAAUUUAUAUAGCCUACGUAUUUUAUUAAAUAUUACCAUGUUUUUGAGUAACACGCUUGGAUCAUCAUGGUAUCUUAUUUUAGAAACACUACAGUUAGCAGAUUUUUUUUUGUUCAAUCGACCUACACCUAAAGGAUCUUCGAUUGGAGGUUCUAAUAUUAGUAAUCCUGCUUCAUCAAAUAAUAUGAGACGAACAGUUACUUCAUCAUCUAAUUCAUCUAUUAGCAUUAACCAGAUAAACCAAAAUACUCAAUCCAACAAUCAGACAAUAGAUAAUGAUCAGCUUACUAUUAUAAAUGCUUCCUUUCAAAGGCUCUUUGAAAAUAGUAAAUAUUUAGAUGCCGAUUCAUUUGUGGCGUUCUCUUCAGCUUUAUGUCUUAUGAGUUCUGAAAUAAGCGGUGCCCCCUUUAAUGCUAGUAGUGAAUCGCUGUAUACCAACAAAACUCGAACAAAGAUUUUCAACGUUAGAUCAUUUGCUAUAGACAAAUUGGAAUAUGUCGCAAUAUUGAAUAUGGAAAGACUUAUUAAUACUGAGAAAGAAUCAUCCUCAAAAAUAUGGGAAUUGAUUAUGUCACAUUUAAUUACUACAGUUAAUUACUCUUUAACCCCUGUAUCAGUUCGUACCCAAUGUUGUGAAGUAAUUGCUAAUAUCAUUACUACUGCUAUGAAUUUUGUUCUUUCAGAAUACAAAGAAGUAAAUGAAACUACUCAGACACGUCUUUUAUUAGCUUUAAGUCAAUGUAUCAACUACACUCCUCCAGCUAAUGAGGAGAUAUUGAUUCAAGAAGCCUUAAACAAUAAUCCAAAGACAUUUAGUGAAGUACAAAAGAUGGGAUUAGAGACUUUAAAUAAUCUAUUACAAACAUCAGGCCAUUCUUUUACUUGUGGAUGGAGUCAUAUUCUUGAUAUAUUACGCCAUGUUGCUGUAUGCGCUAUUGGUCCUCCACCUGACGCUAAUUACAAUAACCAUAGUGAUGAUGAAGCUGACGUAGAAGCGGUAUCUACAAUAGCUAGUCCAGAGACAAAACAUGAAAGAUCGAGCGUUGAUACGACGGCUUCUUCUAUUAUGGCGGGAUCCAUUAUGGCAACAGCAGGUCCUAAAUCAGCUACAGGACUUAUUAAGAUAGCCUUUUCUAGUCUUCAAUUAAUUUGUACAGACUUUUUAUCAUUGCUCUCACCUGAUUGUUUACGACAGUGUAUUGCGACUUUAGGUUCAUUUGGUAUGCAGAGCGAUGAUCUAAAUAUCAGCUUGACAGCUGUUGGUUUAUUAUGGAAUUUAUCAGACUUUAUUCAAACUCGUCGUAUGGAUCUUUCCAGUCAACAGGAUUCACCAUUAAAAGAUGAAAAAAUCGAAAAAAAGAAUAUGAAUAUUGAUGUGCCUCUUCAAAAUGAAGACGUAAAUAAUCCAAAAACCUAUAGUAUUCUUUGGAUACUUUUGCUGCUUCAGUUAUCAUACACUUGCGUUGACUGGCGUCCUGAAGUACGAAAUGGAGCCAAUCAAACUUUAUUUAGAACAAUUACAAUGAAUGGGCAUAUUUUAGGCCAAUAUCUUUGGAAUACGUGCAUUUGGGAAGUUUUGUUUCCUUUAUUAGAUUCUAUAAAAAUGUCAUCGAUUCGUGCAUCAAAACUAUCCUCAAGUAAGACAUCCUCACCUACUGCAAAUGGAGAUCGUGACUCUUCUGGAUUUAUGCUUCAUCACUCACGAGAUACAGCAGAAAAACAAUGGGAUGAAACGAAGGUGUUAAUUUUAACAGGGAUUUCUAGCAUUUUUCAUGAUUUCUUAAAUGAUUUAUGUCAAUUGGAACAUUUUCAACAGGCUUUCACUUUAUUACUAGCGCAUUUAGAAGACUCUUGUAUUCGGUCUAGCCAAGAAGUAUCUUUUGCAAGUAUCAAAAGCUUUAAAACAAUUAUUACUCUUCCAUCCAAUUUUAAAGAAACCUCGAAAUUAAUGAGCUUGUGGCAUCGUGCUUGGAAUACCUGGGAAGCUAUUGGGCUUAAGAUCUGUCAGUCCAUGAAUGGUGAUUUAUUAUCUACUACUCCCGAAAAAAAGGAUUUUUUAACAUCUUUUAAUAAUGAUAAUGAAACUGAACUCCAAUCAUUCACCCUUUCUUUAUCUACUUCGGCUAUAGCACCCGUAUCAAAUGAUUUCACCCAGGAUAUGCUAACAUCUUAUGUUAAUAUGUUUACCGAUCUUUACAAAUUGAUUUCUUCUACUUUUACAUUGGAAAAUGUUGUCUCACUUUUAAGUGUAUUACGAAACGUUCUUGUCUAUUCCACAAGCCCUCAAUACCGUCCUGAUAUUGAUCAUGUUUCUCCCUUACAGGAAGCUGUCUUGGAUGUAGUCCAAAAAUUAGAUAUGAGUAUGGAUGGUGUGCCUCCUUUAGUGUUAGCUGAUUUGGCAGAGUAUAUGACACUUGCAUUCUUAAGUCCACCCGAAGAUGGACAAAGCAAAAGUCGUGGCUAUAUUCCACCAAGUCAACGCAAAUUCUCUACGGUCACUUAUAUCGCGCUUAAUAAAAAAUGUAGCUCUUUAGUGGUCAAUCUAUUUAAAGCUCAUGCUAAUGCAUUGUCUCUUUAUACAGAAGGCAUAUUCGAACAUAUCAUUGGCGCUUUUGGAUUACCCAUGAAAUUAAAAUAUGAUUGUCCUCCUUCAUAUAAACAUGGUGAUGAUAAAACGCCUUUAUGGAAAAUAGCUACAACUGGAUUUUUGGAUAUUUUAAAGAUAGGUUUAGAAAAGCUAGAAAGUUUUGAAGAAGAGGUGCCUGUAGAAAGAUUUUGUGGGGUAUGGCAUACACUUAUGGAUAUUUUAGAAGGAAGUCUUUUAUCACCUAGCUCGCCUCCCGAAAGCAUGAAUAUCGAAGAGCUUGAUGCAGAUGAACAUUUCGAUAUUUCAAUAUUAAAAUCAAUCGAAAGUAUUGUUGUAGUUCACCUUGGACAACCUCGAGUACCAAUCGAAGUCAUUAAAAAGUUAGUGCAUAUUAUUCACGAAGGAUCUCGAUUAUAUUAUAUUGAAGAUACUUCAGUAGUAACAGAUACCAACAUAGAAGAAGGCGAUAUAAAGAGAUCUAAUUUCGUAAAUGACAGAUCAAGUGAUAUUGUGGGUACAACGGGUACAAUCGUGCCUGUCAUGAAAGAGUCUUUUGCAUAUGCAUCUUUUAUGACGCUAUUUACAUUAUGCUCUGCUGAAAAACAAGAUAACAUUCAUGUUCGUAAAAGAAUUGCUGAAGCUGCUAUUCCAGUGUUGCUUGAACGAUGUAAAACUAUUCUUCGAAACUAUACUGCUGAUGAGCCUUUAUUAGGAAGAUGUCCGUUUCCAAGAGUUCGUAAAGAAGAGAUACUUUUUGUUCUCAAACAAUUAAUUCAAUUAAAAUUACGAGAUAACAUUCUAGCAUACAAUGAAAACAAUAGUGGAAUAGAUGUUGUGAAACAAACACUUUUAUCUGGACCAAGAGCUCAUCUCUUUUAUUUAUAUCCCUCGUUGUGUAAUAUGACUACAUGUAAAGAUGAUAUAGUUGUUAGUUUAAUCAAAGAAUGUUUGCAGAUAGUAGGCAUAGAAAUGGGACUUUCCUCUUUAACUUAAUUUUGGAUUAUUUUUUUUAUUUAUAUUAUAUGUACAAGUUUGUACACAUAUUAUAGCUGUUCAAUAAACUUUUAUAGCACUUGAAAAAGUA